UCCCUCCCUCGCGCGCUCUCGACGGCCGGGCUAUCGGACGUGCAUUUGUACUUUUUUGUUUUUUUUGACUACUAGUGAGAACGACAGCUGCUGUUUUCUCACGUUCGAGGCUGUUUCUUCCACAGAAGAGUUGUUUUUCGUGCUUGGACCAAAUUCGGUUCUUUUCAUGUGAGCGGCCUUGAUCCAUUCCUCACUAUCAGUCUGCAACCCCGCCUGUCUGACAGCCAGCAUAAACAUACAGAAGUGGUUCCACCAAAACUGACAAUCAGCCAGUGGGAGAAACAAACAGCGAGGGGAAACGGCCUGCAGGGUAUUUAACCAGUUUGACCGACAGGUGACAAAAAGCAGAUAGAAGUUAGACGGAAGGGCAGUCAUGUUGAUCGUCUUAGCUUUCAUCAUACUCUUUCAUCUGGCUGCAGCCAUCCUGCUCUUCGUUGCCACCAUUCACAAUGCGUGGUGGGUGGUAUCAAGACCUGGCAUUAACAUUAUUAGUGACUUAUGGUACGCAUGUAACACCACUUGCGAAUCGAUUGAGGACAGUCACACUGUGAAUGCAGCUUAUCUGCAGGCAGUCCAGGCUACCAUGAUCCUUGCCACUAUAUUGUGUUGCGUCAGCUUCUUCGUCUUCAUCCUUCAGCUCUUCAGGAUCAAACAGGGAGAGCGAUUCAUUUUCACAGCCAUUAUCCAGAUAUUGGCAUCUUUAUGUGUGAUGAUCGCGGUGUCCAUCUACACGGCCGAGAACAAAAGCUUUCAUAAGCAUGACCUUCAGGAAGGCUCAUUCGGCUCCUCUUAUGUUGUGGCGUGGAUCAGCUUCCCCAUGACUCUCAUCAGUGGCCUCGUGUACCUGGUGCUCAGGAAACGCAAAUAGACAUAAUAGGCUUAUAUAAACAAUAUUCAAAUUCUAUAAAUGGAAACUUGAACAUAUGAGUACAAACAAACAAUUUUUCUCAUCUAACAUUCUUUUUUUAACCCUUAUUUUUUAUUUUCUAUUGGAAUCUGCUUCAAAUUCUGCAUCAUUUCAAAUCACAGGUGCAAAUCUAGAAAACAUUUAGUACUUUUUUGGUCCAUCUUAUGCAUGAGCUUCUUGUUCCUGAUGGUACAUUGUUCUUACUGAGUGUGGCAAAGAUGACUCUUCGGAUUCAAGUCCUUUAGAGACAUGGCAGUCCAAUUUUUUCCCCUGCUUACGUCUGUGGUAGCCACUGCAGUAUGUUUCUGCAAUUAUCUAAGGCGAGAAGUGCACCGUGAUUCACAUUUGAUCUGCAGUGCCUUGUUUAAACAGUGUAACCUUACCUUUGCCAGCAUGGCACACUGUGCUGGCUAGCUCCAUUUACAUAAGGUCAAAUCAGCUCGAUGCAAAUGCACACCACAAGAGCCUAGGUGACUUCAUCACCCAUCCACUGCUCUGCAUAGACGAGGCUCCAGAGGACCCUUGCUGCAUUUUGUGAGAACUUACCUUCACCUUCCUCCCUUUCCCUUGGCAAAAACACAGGAAGAGAGCUCUGCUUUGUCUCCCCCUGUUGUGUCGCUGUCUCCUGCUUUCCACCAACUCCAGUCACAGGACUGUUUUAUCCAAAAGGAUAAUAGUGGAAGAAGGAAAAAGUGUGGAGGCUUGUCUGACAUCUCCUAGACUUGCUAAAGGCUUUUUUUUCUUUUUGUGAAUCUAUAGUUGACAGACUUUAUUUUGUACAUAUUUGCUGUGUGUGUAUAGUUAAGGCUAGACUCAAAUGAUAAAAAUUUUAUCUAUAAAAUAAAAGGCAUAUAAAUAAACAAAUAUUAACCACAGCAUAGAAGUGUAGUGAAUCAGUAGUUAGAGAUACAAGAUGUAGGAUUUUAACCUUUUUCUUAUGUUCUUAUGUUACUUUUUGUGUUUUCAUGGUUAGAAAGGAACCAGUGAUUUGCUGUGAGAUUUGGGAUUUAAAACGACAUAGAAAUGUGUAAACUUCAAAGAAGAAUGAACAUUUCUUUGUUAUUACUAUGCUUGUUUUGUUCACAGCUUCUUUGAAGCUAUUCUUUUGAAACCACUGUUUAUUAGAUUAUAGCAUCAUGCGACUGGCGAUGUAUGAAGUAAUUACCAUAUUUUUCCCCUCUCUGGCUGGGUUACUGCUUGGUCCAUUACUGGAACAUUUCUAGCAUCUCUGCACUUACUCAUGUGUCAGCUUUUAAUAGUAAGCUAGAUGUUAUACCUGCCAGCAGUUCCUUGCAUUACUUUAAAAGAACUGAAACCAUCAUGGGCAUCAGCGAUUAUAGUUGUGCUGGAUUACUUCAGAGAUGCACUGUGCUGUUUUUGUUGUAAAGAGAAAUGUUAGAUAAAGCUUGGAACACAGAAGUUUGUAACCUGCUAACUCACCAGUGAUGAAGAUUUGUGGAAAAGGCGUGGAAUUGAAGUUAUUUAGCUUUACUAUCCCAAGUCGAUACUUGAAAAUGAACAAAACAGCGUGUUAAAGGCCAAGAUUACCAUGAUAUUCAUGCGUUUUGUCAAGUUGUCAUCAUUAGUGUUUCACUUGGUAAAAAGCCUCAUGUAAUUAAAUGCCUUUUAUCAAAAAUGUUUGUUAAUGUUGACUCUACUUUAGUUAUGAUGUAAUGAUUUUUAAAGCAGACCAAUAUUUAACUGUGGAUAAAUCAACGUUUUGAACAUGGCAUCUGAUCAGAUAAGUUAAAUUAACAUAUUUUCCCAAUUGAGUGUGUUGUUAUUUAUUCAUCUAAAUUGCUUUGGCAUGAGUCGCCCUAGAAAUGUCCGCCUCCUCAGAGCAAAUUCCCCCCCCUUUAACCAAAACAAAUAAAAAUACUCUGGUCUUUUCCUUUUAAGAAGUCAUGGCCCAGUUAUAGAAAAAAACUAUUCGUAACAAGGUUUGUGUGUUUUUGUUUUUUUGAGUAACUGGGUUAUGAUUCUGAGAAAGCCAUCUUUAGCACCACAAAGCAGUCACCUUGUUAUCUGGUUUUAUUUUAUCCAAAGAAAGAAUAUUUCUACAGCAGAUGGCUCUAAAACUGGGCAACUCAUACCAAAUCAGUCUUUAUGGCACUACAAAGUAAAAAUGAAAUAGUUUGUCCCUUUCAUUUCAGUUGUAGAUAUUCAACAUAAAACACGUUAUUAUCUUUAGAGUGAAUUUAUUAGUAUACUUUUCUUGUAGUGUGUUUUAUACCCAUGUAGAUGUCAUAAGGUCAUACUGACAGAAAAAAUUGAGUUGUUGAAACCAAAACUGUAUUUAUGGGGAUUUCUUUCUUUUUUGCAUCUGAAAUAUUUCUAAUGUUUAAUGAAGUAUUAAUUCCAAAUUGAUUUAAAGUCUCAUGUUGCUCCAUAAUGUUGUCAGUGUAUAUUUUGCUGCGUGGAGUUGUUUUCCGCAGGCUAGCAGUUUUUCAAUUUCCAGUUUCUGCUUGUUAACGGCUCAUUUCCUUGUAUUGUUUUAAAAGCCAAUUAAAUUACAAUAUACUAGUUAUUUUGUCCUCUGUUGCAGCUUCUGUGGCAGCUUUGGUGAUUUGUUAACAUUUCUUGUCAUGUGGUCACAUCAUCAGAUUGAACGUUUGUCUGCUACCGACACCUAGUGGACCGGCAGAAAACUACAUCAUGUGUACGAGCUCGUUUAUUUUAUUCUUCAAGCGGCACACUGGUCAAACAUCCAGUAGAUUUAUGAACAAAUACUCAGCCCCAACACAUCAAUUUAUCUGUGCUUAUUUUUCUUUUACCUUUCGAAAAAUGCCUUUGAAUAAAUAAAACAUAUUUGUUUGUAACUAGUGUUCUACUGGGUAUUAAUGUGUGCAUACGUACUUGCUCUCCAGUGUCUUGUCUUUUUCUCUUUUCCCAUGUUGCAGUGCACUACUUACCAUAUUUUAGGCUUUAUUGUAAACUUUCAUGGGAAUUACACUCUGAGUGCAACAGCAUUUUCCCUAUUUAUUAAACCUCCUGUAUUUUUUUUUUAACACUUUUGUUUCCAAGAUGUCAGAUGAAUGAAGCGAUGAUGACAAAGUUUAAAGGUGUCAUUGUUGUGGGGGGGGGGCUGCAGUUUUGUUUCAGGUUUUUAAUAAGGGAAAAAAAAUAUGUCCAAAUCUACCAGGCCCUGUGUGAGAAAGACAUUGAUUCAUCAGGUGUGAUUUCUGCAAGACCAAGAAAUCAAUUAAGUAGAACCUGCCUGACAAAGUGAAAUGGACGAAGAUCUUAAAAUAGAACACAGCAAGUUUGGAAAAGGAUUCAUGAUUACAACAAUAAGAAAGAAAUGGCGUACAUGGGAGAUUUUCAAGUAGACAUGUUUACCAUGUAGUGACUGGCUGGAUAACAUUUAUGUAGAAUUUUAAAUGAGACUUCUUUCACCUUAUUUACAAUCAAAUAUUUAUGGGGGACCAUCCAGACUGUCUUCCACUUGAUAUCUGGAACAUAUCAGUUCCAAUAAGAUAUUAUAUAUGGGAGAGAGACGAUAUCUUCUUGGAAUAAACUACGUAUUUUCUUAUUGCUGUUACCAAGUUCUUGUGAAAAGCAGAUUUUUCCUAUUGGUGACUCAGCUGGAUCAGGGAGAGUGACUGAGGUAGAUAUUGAGCUGUCAGUGUUUUUAUAUAACAUUAAAGUCCCUGAGGGUAUGGCACCAAGCACCAUUGAGAAUUCCUGAACACUGAUUGGAAAAUAAUAUAGUGUAAUAAAGUCAUUGUAAGUAAGUAGUUGUCCCUCUUUAUUAACCAGCUGAGCCACCAAUAGGAUCCCAUUUUGGACCCAAGUUUCCAGGAAAAGUGAU